AAAAAAUUUUCGGUUGCCCGUGAAUCUUAAGCACAGUAAGUAAUUACCCUGGCCUAUGUCCAAUCUACAGCGUGUUAUGAUGAAAUCCAGACUGCCGCCGAUGUGUCCGAAUCCGAGGUUUCCCAAACCGAGUGACCGAGGUUUUCGCCGUCAGACGGACUACAAUCCAUUGAUGUGGGAUGGAUUUUUUGCAGAAAAAAAAGACAUCGACACAAACCAGGGUAAAUUCCGAGUGUAUCUGUCCGCUCCAUCAGAACCCGAUGCACCACUGCUUGUGCUUCUUCAUGGUGGUGGAUUUUCAGCGCUCUCCUGGGCUCAUUUCAGUAGCGAGGUAACUAAGCUGAUUCAUUGUCAGUGUCUGGCAUUCGACAUCCGUGGCCACGGGGAUACGUACACAGAAGAAGAAGAUGACCUAUCAGCGGAACGACUAGCGACAGAUGUUGGGGAUGUAAUCCAAGCACUGUACGGUGAGUUCGCGCCUCCAAUCAUACUGAUGGGACACUCGAUGGGAGGUGCUAUAUGUGUCCACACGGCCAUCAUGCAAGUUCUACCCACGCUGAUCGGAGUCGUUGUAAUCGAUGUCGUUGAAGGCACGGCACUGGAAGCCCUGGCAAGCAUGCAAAGCUUUUUACGCUCACGUCCGAGCACAUUCAAAAGCAUACAGCACGCCAUCGAAUGGUGCGUUCGUAGCGGGCAGGUACGGAACGUUGAAUCUGCUCGUAUUUCUAUGCCCGGUCAGAUCAUAAAUAUGGAAACUAAAAAAUUGGCUACCAAUGAAUUACCCCUUACACCGGAAGACACUUCGAAGGAAAAGCUUGAAUUUAAACACCCGAAUGCGAUUGCUGAAGACGCUGAAGCGACCAGCUCCUGCACCAACGACGACGAAGCUAAGCUUUCACAGGCCGCCGCUCAAGUGAACCUACGAAAGUACGCCUGGCGCAUCGACUUAUCGAAGUCGGAAAAGUACUGGCAAGGCUGGUUCUCGGGGCUGAGUCAGAAGUUCCUCGACAUUCAUGUACCGAAACUACUGCUUCUGGCGGGCAUUGAUAAUCUCGAUCGCGCACUAACCGUCGGUCAGAUGCAGGGAAAGUUCCAGCUGCAAGUGCUCGCUCGCUGCGGUCACGCGGUACAUGAAGAUCGCCCACACGAGGUGGCGGAAGUAUUAGCCACGUACUUGAUAAGAAAUAAGUUUGCACAACCAACGGCCGACGGGCAGUUCUUGAAGCACAUGCCGGCGUGCUGAAUGCGCGGUGUCGAGUGUGGAGCUGUGUAAUUUUCAAUUAAA